AUGAGUAUUCAAGUAUUUUCUAUUGUAAAAGUUAACCCUUUCUAUAGAAAAGACAGUAAAGAUGUUAAAAUAUUCUUAAAAGCGAAAGAAGCUAAUAGAUGGUCAGAUAAUAGAAGAGUAGUAAUUGCAGCAAGAAUGUUAAGAGAAGAAGCAGCUAACUGGUAUAAUUUAGUAAGUAAUACAAUUAAUAAAUGGGAUGGAGAUGCAAAUACAGGAUUUAAAGAAUGA